CCGUUCAUGUGGCUGUGAGAGGUGUUGCCGAGAACAUGGCGCGACUUGUCCCGACUGUUUAUUUAAAAUGUCUAAUGAUUUGUGCAACUAUCUCUUCGUUCUCUGCUCUGACUCUCAACCAAGGGACGUCGAAACCGAGACAUACCAAGUUCACUUCUUCCACAACCGAUUCGGGAAGCGGUUCCCUUGUGACUCCCACUUCGAGUUCCGCCUCCCCCAAAGAUAACAACUCCGGAGUGGCUUACUACAGGUACAUGAACGGCAAGAGUGGUACCACUUGCAUCCUGCUCAAAACUGACGCUGUCGUUGAGGUCAAAUUUAAGCUGCACGAGAUAGAAGAACAAGCGGAUUCCUAUAUACCAGAGAAAGCUCUAAUAGAAGGAAAUUGCAAAAAUGAAGAUGCCCAGUUUAUGAGAAUCUCAUGGACUGGCUACAGUUUGGUUAUAUCCUUCGCAAAGACACCUGGUGGCGAGAGAUGGUACAUCAACAAUUUGGAGCUUACUGCUAGUCCGGAUCUGUCACAAUUGCAUGGAAUUACCACACAAGGAAAAUCCGCCAUCAAACUGUACCACAAGCAAAUGCUGAUCCCUACGCCUGUAGGCAGAUCGUACGCGUGCGACGAAAUGGAAAUCAACAUGGAGACCGACGAAGACGACCAUCCUCCACCAGGGCUGCGCGGUACAGUGAUUUUCAGACUCCUUCAGGUGCAGCCUUUCAUGUACAGGGGUGAGACCUUCGAACCGGCCUUCGAGUGUAGAGCCCAAACCUUCGUCAGGGAUGAGACUGCUCCAAUUGCAGUGGGUUCCACUCUGGCCAUAGCCGUCUUGAUGACCAUUAGCGGGUACGGUAUUUAUCGAUAUUUCAAAGUAAAGAAUGUCCAGUACAACACGAUGGAGUAAGGGUUGGGUUUUUGUUAAUGGUGAUAUUUUUCUGAACAGUAUCCGUUUUUGUCAUAUCGUACUUUGUACACACUCAACUUUAAAAUUUAGUCUUUUUUAUCCCUAUCGAGAGAAAACUGAAAGGUCAGUAAAAAAUUAAAUGAGCUAGGGUAUCGCAAUGCUUAUGCUGCGGAUAGUUGGCUUAUAUUUUUUUUGUAAUUACGUUUUAUAUUAAUCAAUCAAAAUUAU